AUGGAAUCCGGUGGGCGAGGUAGAGGCCCAGAGGGAGAAAAUGAGAACGAACCUGACCAGGUAGCCACAGCCAUCCAGCGUAUGGCUGACUUACUUGAGAGAAUGGUUAAUCAACAAGGUCAAGGUCAGGGCCAAAAUGCUGGGAACCCUGGAGGAAAUACGGAAAAUAAUAAUCAUGAUAGAGAGGACCGGGCAUUAGAACGGUUUCAAAAGUUCGCUCCUCCCAAAUUUGUAGGUGGACCGAAUCCAGACAUAGCUGAGGGAUGGUUAGAACGAAUGCUAGAUAUCUUUGCCGCACUUGGAUAUACGGAGGAGCGGCAAAUCUCUUUUGCAACUUUUCAGUUUGAGGGAGCCGCCCGGGCUUGGUGGAAUGUCAUUAAGACCAAGUGGGAACGAGAGCAGACUCCCUGGACCUGGGUUAACUUCACCCGGGAAUUCAAUGAAAAGUAUCUACCACCCAUAGUGCAAGAACGGCGGGAGGACGAGUUUAUCCGCCUGCGCCAAGGGGCGUUAAGUGUGGCUGAGUACGAGACGCAGUUCACUAAACUGUCUCGUUUUGCUCCUGAUUUGGUACUCACGGAGCAAAGACGCGUUCGAAGCUUCAUUCAGGGGUUGAAUGUGGAACUCCAGGAGGCGUUAGCGGCUGUCCAGGUGGACACAAUUAGUCAGGCGCUAGAGAAAGCGCAGAGGAUAGAAGCAGCCAGGGGUCAGGUUAAGGCCUUUCAAGAGCGUAAACGUAGACAACCGAGCUCGAGUACCUACACCCCUGGGCAGAGCUCGAAGAACGAGCCACCCACCAAGUUGGGUAGAGGAGUAGGAGGUCCGCGGCCUAUUGGGACCCCAGGCCGAGGCAAUUUUGGACGAGGGCAGGCGGGGCGAGGGCCGCAGAGAGGUGGCCAGCGCGGAGGACAAAGUUCAGGACCUAGAUCGACCUGUAACUUUUGUGGAGGCAAUCAUCCCUCUGAUAAUUGUUGGAAGCAGGGUUCAGUGCGGAAGUGUUUCAGAUGUGGCAGCACAGAACACCUCAUUGCUCAAUGCCCAAAGGCUCCGCAUGAAGGAACUAGUACCCCUCAAGCAGGAGGGACUACACCUAAGCCGAUCAAUGCAGGGGGUAAUCGACCUAAAGUACCGGCCCGAGUGUACGCCAUGGGUCAUCAAGAGGUGACUGACCCUUCGGCAGUCAUCGAAGGUACACUUUCUCUUUUCGGCGUACCGCAAACGUUUUAA